GAGCGUUGGCCAGCGAGGCUCGGCCAGUGGAAAGUGAAAGUUUGCCCGGUUCUCUCGGCGCCGCCGCCGCCGCCGCGCUCUCUGCAGGCCGGGACAGCGGCUCGGCCCUCGGCCUGGGAGCGGACCUCGCAGCAGCAGCGGGCGAGCGGGCGGGCGAGCGAUCCCGGGCGCCGAGCGCAACCGGCACCCAGCCGCCCCUAUGACCACGCGGGGCGCCGCCGGGCGCUGCCCUCCCAUGGCAUGGCUGUGCCCCUGGCUGCUACUGGUCUUUCUCCUGCUGAGCAGGAGCAUUGCGGAGGAGAUAUCGGAGCACUGUAGCCACAUGAUUGGGAACGGACACCUGCAGGUCCUGCAGCACCUAAUUGACAGUCAGAUGGAGACCUCGUGCCACAUUACCUUUGAGUUUGCCGAUGAAAAGCAGCUGAAAGACCCCGUGUGUUAUCUUAAGAAGGCGUUUCUCCUGGUGGAAGACAUAAUGGAGGACACCAUGCGCUUCAGAGAGGAAACUCCCAAUGCCAAGGCUAUCCUCCAGCUCCAGACCCUCUCUGUGAGGCUGAAGAGCUGCUUCACCAAGGAUUAUGAAAAGCAAGACAAGGCCUGUGUCCGAACUUUCAAUGAGACUCCCCUCCAGUUAAUGGAGAAGAUCAAAAAUGUCUUCAAUGAAACAAAGAAUCUCCUUGAAGAGGACUGGAAGAUUUUCACCAAAAACUGCAGUGACAGUUUUGCUAAGUGCUCCAGCCCAGAUGUGGUGACCAAGCCUGAUUGCAACUGCCUGUUCCCCAAAGCCACCCCUAGCAGUGAGCUGGCCUCUGUCUCCCCUCAUCAGCCCCUCACCCCCUCCAAGGUCCCUAAGGCUGGCUUGACCUGGGAUGACUCUGAGGGGACAGAUGGCAAGUCCCUCUUGCCCAAUGAGCAGCCACUUCACACAGUGGACCCAGGCAAGGCAAAGCAUCGACCACCCAGGAGCACCUGCCAAAGCCUCGAGUCACCAGAGACCCCAAGUCUCGUGGACAACCCCCCUGGAGGUUCACCACAGCCUUACCCCUCUGGAAAGGCCCCCAGCUCUGGGAUGAAGAACAUUCUGGACUCCAGACUGGACACUACCUGGGCCUUAGAAGAGGCCUCUGGUGAGGCUAGUGAGGGUCCUGUACCUCACGGGGCAGAGUUUUCACCCUCCGGGCCAGAAGGGGGCAGCAUCCGGGGACAACUGGCCAUACCCAAAGACCUCCUCUCAGCAUCUUCUCCACUCUCAACCGCAGAGGACCAACAGCCACCAUUGCUGAAGGUGGACCCUGUGAGAGGCACUGGCCAGGUCAAGAAUGGCGCUCUUGAGAUGGCAGACCAUUCCUCUAUCCAGCCCACAGAGGGCGAGGAGACAGACUCUACCCAGACCCCAUCACUGCGACCCCCAGGCCUCAGCCAUCAUGCCACCCCUUCUGCUCAGCCACAGCUUCUGGGAAGCCGCUCCUGGAGAAUUGUGCUGCCCCUUGGGGAGCUGGAGGGCAAGAGGAUCACCAGGAGCCGAAGGAGCCCCGUAGAGCUGGAAGGAGGACAAGCGAGCGAGGCGUUAGCCAGACCCCUGGCCCCUUUUAACUCCGUUCCUUUGACUGACACAGGCCGUGAGAGGCAGCCUGAGAGAACCUUCAGCCCCCAGCUCCCUGGGCUCGUCUUCCACCUGCUGGUGCCCAGCAUCAUCCUGGUCUUGCUGGCCGUGGGGGGCCUGCUGUUCUACAGGCGGAGGUGGAGGAGCCAUCAAGAGCCUCAGCCAGUGGAUUCUCUCAUGAGGCACCCAGAGAGCAGCUCCAUGACUCAGGAUGAGGACAGACAGGUGGAACUGCCGGUAUAGAGGAAGCCUAAGGUGGCCAUGGAGGACUGUCUCUCCACGGGAGAAGAUGCAACAGGGCCGUCCGCCACCACCCUCCCUGGCUCUUCUCCUGGAAAUGUGGCCUUUCUGCCACCUGAUCCCCUGCCUGCCAGGACUGGACUGGAGCAGCCGGGCUGUAGUUCCUAUGACUUGACCCUCAGACUUUCAACGACUGAGAGAAGGCCAAAGGACGCCGCCCACACUGCCACUAUUUAUUGUGGGCCCUGGAGGCCCUGUGAGCUUGAGGAAGGCUGGCGAGCUGGCUCAGGACCUUCUCCCUCGGGGGCUGCCCCUCUGCUCCUUCCUCUCCAUGCCAGCACCUGGGUCGGGGGCCCACGCGCCUGUGGUAUGUGGGAGACCAGAGUGGAUGCUGAGGAGCCAGCUGGUGCCAAGAGAUACCAUUGUUGACAUGCAGGGACCUGUCUCCAGAGGAGUCGUGGAUGAGGGAAGAGCAGCAGCAGCCUGAUUUCCUGGAAAGGGAGAUCUGCACCCUCCACUGACCUGAGUGUCCUGCGCUGGUGGCCCGGUGGUGAGGGGAGGCCAGCUCCACUCUCAGGACCUGCCUACCCUGACUCAUCACGCCAGGAGGAGGACCUGGCUCUGGCCUCCACACCUCCAUCCCUCCAGCCCUGGCCAGAGCACCUACUAGAGGCUGGGCAGAAGCUCCCCUCAUGAAGGAAGCCAUUGCACUGUGAAAACUGAACCUGCCUGCUGAAAAGCCUGCCCAUCUACCCUACAAGCAAGCAUCCGUCCAAACGCUCCCCACCUCCCCAGCCUCUCCCCAGCCUCCUACACUGAGCUGGCCUCACCUGUCGACUGAGGGAGCCCCUAAGCCCUAACCUUCUCCUGACCCAGCCUUUGACUCCUUGGGUGGAGCAGGUGGAAGAACCGCCCAGGCCACCAGCCGGAGCUGGCCUUCAGGCUGCGUGUUCACCCAGGUUUCUGCAUCUUGCACUUUGACAUUCCCACGUGGAAAGUGACUAGAGGGAGGGAGAGAAGGAGGGAGGGCAGCGGAGGCAGAGAGGUACAGGGAGAGCUCUGACUGAGAGUGGGUCUGGAAAUACGGCUGUGCCCCUGAGACUGGGGAGACCUCUGCGCCCCAAGCCCUCAGCCCAGUGUACUUUGCCUGCUGCUCGCAGGCUCCUGCCACCAAGCAGGUUUUCCCCAUCAGGAGCCCUGCAGCUGGGCUGUGCUCCAGCCCCGCCUGCAUGGUCCCCAGCUCUCCUCUUUUGGUCCUUCUUUUUUCCUGACCCCUAGAGGCAGUGACCCCCUCCAACACUCACCGCACCCCCACUAUCUUGGGCCGAGCAAGGGAGCUGGAGACGAGGCGGGAGAUCCAGGCAUCUGCUUCAGGCUCUGCUCUGAGGACCCCAGCUUCCUGGGCUGGCCCUUGCCAGGGCUCUGAGACCCGGGCAACAGGUGACAGGGCUGUCAACUGUCCUCAGUCCCUUUAUGCUGCUGUGUCCCUCCUUUCCUGCCCUCCACUGGGAGACCUUGUCCUCCCUGGCUGACACCUCUUUCCACCAGGGAGAGUGAGGCCCACUGCCCAUCCCGAUGAUGACAGCUGAGGGGAGGGCAGGUGCGAGCUUUCUUGUGGGGCUCAUCCUUCUAGUCACAGACUCCAUACUCAUGCUAGAAAACACGUAUUUUUAAAUGGAAGGAAAGAAAACAGAGAAAAGAGGCAUUCCUCCACACCCUUCAACGUUAAAUGUGUAGUAUUCAAAAAAUCAAAACAGCAGAUUCAACCCAUUGCAGAAGCUCUUUGUGGGCGCUUGGUGACACUGUAGUGGAAGGAGCUCCAGAGCCACCUCUGGGUGUCCCCCUUCUGGCUACCUGCCCAGGGUCCCUUACUUUCCUCUGAGAGAGCCCAGGGGGAACAUCUCACGAACUGUGAGAGUGUGUUUUUAUACUUGGAAGUGGUGAAUUAUUUUAUAUAAGGUCAUUUAAAUAUCUAUUUAAAAAAUAGGAAGCUGCUUAUAUAUUUAAUAAUAAAAGAA